CGUCACUAUAGAACCAGCAUGUGUUCUUGUAAAUGUGAUUAUCAUAACAUUGUAGUCUGUGUGGAGUGUGCAUGUUCUCCCCAUGUCUUUCUUUGGAAGCUCCGGUUUCCUCGUGGUAUCUGGUACCAGGACAUUACAAGCAGAUACUUGAACUUCUGUACAUUGUAAGGUGUAUCGUCCCACAGUACAUUCCAGUCUUCCCGUCUCUAUCUUUUUGGCAAGUAAACAAUGCGUUGGCAAUUCAGGUGACCUUAUGAAGUCAGUAAUUGAAGAACUACAAAGUGCUUCUAUAUGGAUGAUGGAGUGUGAGGUCCCUGUGUCAGUGGCUUCUGUUGAGGAUGAUACAAUACCAGAAGCUCAGCCAUCUAAGGACAAUCGAAGGCUGGACUGUAUUAUUUGUUACAGUGGCUACAACCUGGGAGAUAGACUUCCACGAAAGCUCUACUGUGGUCAUACAUUCUGUCAGGCUUGCCUAAAGCGAUUGGAUAUGGUCAUUAAUGAGCAGUUGUGGAUCCCUUGUCCACAGUGCAGACAGAAUACUCCCUUGCCUCGAGGAGGCGCCAUUGGACUGGACCUCGACUUGGCUGCAUUUCUGGGUGUCAAAGCAGAGGUGGAGAACCAGCGAAGCAACCCUAACAAACCUUCACUGGACACCAAGUCCUCAUUUGUUAAGCUGCCAAUCCCAGAUCAGCCUCCUUCAACCUGGCCCAACGUAGCACUGGCAGAGCGCCGAAUACACAGAAGCCCAUGCUGUAGACAAUGUCUGCUCUGUUGCUGGUGGUGUUAA